AUGACGUCUCCAGGAAACCACCACGAUGAGCUCCCCAACCAAGCUGCAUCUCACAGUCCUCUUCUUGACGUUGACAUCUCAAUGUUCUCCAACGCAGGUUUCGACAUGAGCCGCGUGGCUAUCAAGCGCAACUUGCCUGUCGCCCAGCUCUACGAGGAAGCCAUUCGCAAAGAAGGCGCUGUGAUUGCUUCGAGUGGUGCACUAAUCAACUUCUCUGGCAAGAAGACGGGUCGUAGCCCCAAGGACAAGCGUAUUGUUUACGAAGAGACCUCCAAGGAUGAUGUAUGGUGGGGACCUGUCAACAUUAAGCUUGAUGAGCACACGUUCGAGAUCAACCGUGAGCGUGCGAUUGACUAUCUAAACACGCGUGAUGACAUUUACGUGUUUGAUGGCUUCGCCGGCUGGCAUCCAAAGUACCGCAUCAAGGUGCGUAUCAUUGCCGCCCGUGCCUAUCAUGCCCUUUUCAUGCACAAUAUGCUCAUUCGUCCAACGCGCGAAGAGCUCGAAAACUUUGGCGAGCCCGACUUCACGGUCUACAAUGCUGGACAUUUCCCUGCCAAUCGAUUCACCACUGGUAUGACCUCGACGACCUCGGUUGAAAUCAACUUUAAGCGCCGUGAAAUGGUCAUCCUCGGCACUGAGUAUGCUGGUGAAAUGAAGAAAGGUAUCUUCUCAGUUAUGCACUACCUUCAGCCUAUCAAGUACGGACAGCUGUCGCUUCACUCCUCGGUCAACCAAGGAAAAGCUGGUGACGUUUCUAUUUUCUUUGGUCUGUCGGGCACCGGUAAGACGACGCUCUCGGCUGACGUUCAUCGCGACCUGAUUGGUGACGAUGAACACGUCUGGUCUGAUGAGGGUGUGUUCAACAUUGAAGGUGGUUGCUACGCUAAAUGCAUAGGUCUGAAGCACGAUAAGGAGCCGGAGAUUUUCGACGCCAUUCGCUUCGGUUCGAUCUUGGAAAACGUGACAUUCGAUCCGGAGACGCGCGAUGCCAAGUUCGAAGACUCACACAUCACGGAGAACACUCGAUGCGCGUACCCUAUUAACUUCAUCCCGAAUGCCGUGAUUCCGUGUAUGACUUCGAAGCAGCCCUCGAAUGUGAUCAUGCUUACCUGCGAUGCAUUCGGCGUGCUGCCACCUGUGUCGAAACUGACGUCAGAGCAAGCUCAGUACCACUUUAUCGCUGGUUACACGUCCAAGACUCCUGGCACAGAGGAUGGUGUGACGGAACCCUCGCCUACGUUCUCGUCGUGUUACGGUCAGCCAUUCAUUGUGCUCCCUCCUCAGCGGUAUGCGUCAAUGCUUGCUGAGCGCAUGAGCCAUGUUAAGUGCAAUGCCUGGCUUGUGAACACUGGCUGGACUGGCGGCAAGUUUGGCGUGGGUCGCCGUUGCCCUCUCAAGUACACACGGGCUAUUCUGGACGCCAUCCACGAUGGUUCGCUCGCUAAUGCAGAGUAUGAACCGUUCGGACCUGGUCUCUUUGACUUCCAGAUCCCGAAGGCGGUCAACAACGUGCCAUCCGAGUUGCUCAACCCCGCUUCGACAUGGUCUGACCGCUCGGCCUUUGAAGACCAGCUCAAGAAGCUUGCGGGCAUGUUUGCUGAGGCCUUUGUCCAGCAUGAGAACGAAGUCAAGCCUGAAGUGCUCAAGGCUGGUCCUCACAAGUAA